AUGGUUGAUAGAGGGGGUCUAAGUUACGGUGAGACUUGGCUUCAUGAAGUCACUCAAGCUGCGUCCCCUCCGGACGUGUUCUUCCCUGCGCCUUCCCCCUCUUCCUUCCAACCCAAAACCAUCCACAAAUCACCGCGAUUCACCUCACAAAUCCCACCAAAACUCACAAGGAAAGGAAGGAAGGGAACCCACCCCAAAAUCCACGCACAAUCAAGCUCACACGAGUCGUCGCCACGCGCUUGCUUACCCAACCCAACCGCGUCUCCAAUCCCCGCCUGCUGCUACUACUUAUAUCCCAUCCACCCGCCUCGCCGCAAACCAUCGAUCAAUCCAACUAAUAACCAAUCUAAUCUACUCCUCGCCGUCGCCGCCGGAAUCCCCUCCCUCCCUCCCGUCCAACAACCGCCGCAGUCAGCACCACCAGCUCUCACCGUCGAGCUCGCCAGGAUGGGUUCGGGGAGCCGCGCGGCGUCGUGCCUGUGCUGCCCGUUCAAGUGCCUGGCGUGCGGCCUCUUCAGCUGCCUCUGCAGCAUCCUCGUCUCGCUCCUCGUCACCGCCGGCGUCCUGGCCCUCAUCCUCUACUUCCUCUUCCGCCCGCAGAUGAUCGCCGCCACCGUCGACUCCGCCUCCCUCGCCCAGUUCGCGCUCGGCACCCCGGCCAGCCCGGCGCUGCUCCAGUAUAACCUCACGCUCGCCAUGACCGUGCGCAACCCCAACAAGCGGGUGGGGCUCUACUACGACAACGUCGAGGCCCUGGCCCUCUUCGACGGCCAGCGCUUCGGGUUCGCGCCCCUCGACCCCUUCUUCCAGGGCCACCAGGCGUCCACGGAGGUGAAGCCGGCGUUCGGCGGCCAGCAGGUGCUGGAGGGGGACGUCACGCAGGCCAACCUCAGGUCGCAGCUGGCGGGAGGCGCGGUGGAGGUGGAGGUGAAGCUCAACGCCAAGCUCCGCGUCAAGGUGUGGGCGUUCAAGGUGCCCGGGCCCCGCGCCAGGAUCAGCUGCCCGCUCUCCCUCCCCGCCCCCGCCGCCGCAAACGCCCCCGCGUUCAAGCCCACGGAGUGCAAAGUCUGGUUCUGA